AUGUCGCAUCAGGGGCAGGAAGACGGUGAAGCGGGUGCCAGCAGCGUUGAUAUCCCGACGUCGCCCAUCUUCCACGGGCGACAGCUGGACUACGAUGAGUCCUCUCGACCUCCGUCUUCUUCCACGCAAUUUAGUACUGUUGAUACGCACCCAACAGUAAAGUGCCUGUGGUGCCCCGAGGAGUUCAGAGCUAAUCCAGACGAUCCCGCUAAGGCACUUAAGUUGCACAUGCAGAGUGCCCAUCCAGAUGUUACAAGUCACUCUGAACAUAUCGCCAGCGAAGACACUUCUGUGGCCGAAAAUAUGCUCCAGGAGUCUGAUCAAACACGGCAACCAAGGCAGCUCAGUAACUCCCAAGGUGCUAUGGGCGUUGAUGAACGCAUGCUCUUUGGCUGGAAGAUCCACGACGUGCGAAGCUUUACCAAGGACUAUCAUGGAGAGAAAGAUGACCUCGAGUCGAUGUGGAAGAAAUCUUUCGACGGCUUCGAUAGACCCAAACCUUAUGAAACCGAGCAAGCCGCUCCGGGCAAUUUCUUACCCAUCACAGAUCCUGAUAUAUACGUCGAUCUCCUGAAAGACCCCAACUCGCAUUCUACUGAGGAACUAUAUGCCAUCACCGCCAAUGCCGCGAAAGCCCUCGAAGUUUGGCAAGACGAGUACCUGGCCGUUGACGAGUUAUCCAAAUGGGCUACCAGGCGGGUACUCAAGAAGACAGCUGAUCCGAGAAAGACCGAAGAGUUUGAGGUCUUUGAGGACAAGAAAGAGGCCAAGUUAUACGGGUACAAGCAUGACUCUCGGCCGAGCAAAGUUGGCCUUCAAAACCCUUUUCUUCAAGGUGGGUUUAAACCCACCGCAGAUCAGAUGAAAAGGAUGGCAGCCGCAGCUACCGAUCCGUAUAACGUUGAUGGCUGGGAGAUGGUUGUAAAGGAUGGCGUGGAAUACGUGCCAAGAAUACGGCCACUCCCUCCGCCGGAACCCAAGCGCAAGAACAACAGUAAUGGCAAGACAGAAAAUGGACGAAACGGCCAGAAAAGGGUUACGCGGUAUGGCGGCUCUAGACAUCCUGCUACACGCGAGCCCUCUCAGGCUUUAACUGAGAGAUCCAGCCCAACUCCUUCCACCCGCACGCAGUCACCCGAAGCAGCAGCAACACCAUCUUCAUACACCGUCCGGUCAAGACGGAAGACUCGAUCCAGCGCCCGCACAAGAACAUCGGGCACGCAGGGUCAAUCCGGAGGGAAGACAACGCGCUCUCAGGUGGCGAAGCCAUCUGCUCUUGGACCUAAUCGUGCCAGAGCUGCACCUACCAGUGCUCCGCCAACCGCCAUUGGGACAACUGCGACAACCCCUACCUCUAGGUCAACGCCAGCGCCUGCGACGGUAUACGAUGAUCCUCUCCUCGACCCAAAGAACCAGGAGAAAAUCAAAAUGUCAAAGCACCCAAAGAGAACGGAAGCAAUGAUUCGUCACUGGGCCAAAUUCAACUCUGAAGGCCGAACCCGAAACCCGAAGAGGACAAAGGCCCAGAUCGAAGCUGAUAAGGCAGCGGCUGCGGCUGAAGCUGCGCAGCGAGCUCCAUCGGGAAGGAAACGGAAGACAGAGACAGAAGGCGAGGAAGCUACCACAGGAGCAUCGACGCCGAUUCCAAAGAAGACCAGACGACCAGCUGCAAAAUUGAAAGCAGCCUCAGAGAGUCGUUCUCCGGCUCCAAUUCCCGCCAUGCAGCCUAUGGGUGUUAUGGCACCGCCAUCGGGAUUGCCAGAGGUCAAGAGGGUUGACGAUUCCCCGUUCUCGACACCUAUGCAUAAUGGACAAUAG